CUACGACGCCGAGGGGAAUGAGGAGCCCAAGGCCCUGCCGGAGGGCUCGGAAACCAUGCCCUACAUCGAUGAGUCGCCCACCAUGUCCCCCCAGCUCAGUGCCCGUGGCCAGGACAGCGGGGACGGUGUCUCUCCCACGCCCACCGACGGCCUCGGCACCGGGGGCGAGCGGGAUGCUGGCAAAGGCCUGGAGAUGAGGAAGCUGGUGCUCUCCGGUUUCCUGGCCAGCGAGGAGAUCUACAUCAACCAGCUGGAGGCCCUGCUGUUGCCUAUGAAGCCACUCAAGGCCACGGCCACCACGUCGCAGCCUGUCCUCACCCUCCAGCAGAUUGAGACAAUUUUCUACAAGAUCCAGGACAUCUAUGAGAUCCACAAGGAGUUCUACGACAGCCUGUCCCCAAAGGUGCAGCAGUGGGACAGCAACAUCACCAUGGGCCACCUUUUCCAGAAACUGGCCAGCCAGCUCGGGGUGUACAAGGCCUUUGUGGAUAACUACAAAAUCGCGCUGGAGACAGCAGAGAAAUGCAGCCAGAGCAACUACCAGUUCCAGAAGAUCUCGGAGGAGCUGAAGGUGAAAGGCCCCAAGGACUCCAAGGAGAGCCACACGUCCGUCACCAUGGAGGCACUUCUGUACAAACCCAUUGACCGCGUGACGCGGAGCACCCUCGUCCUGCACGACCUGCUCAAGCACACUCCCACCGACCACCCCGACUACCCGCUGCUCCAGGAUGCCCUCCGCAUCUCCCAGAACUUCCUCUCCAGCAUCAAUGAGGACAUUGAUCCACGGAGGACAGCGGUCACCACCCCCAAGGGGGAGACCCGGCAGCUGAUCAAGGACGGGUUCUUGGUGGAGUUGUCGGAGGGCUCGCGGAAGCUGCGACACGUCUUCCUCUUCACCGACGUCUUGCUCUGUGCCAAGCUGAAGAAGACAGCAGUGGGGAAGCACCAGCAGUACGACUGCAAGUGGUACGUGCCCCUGGCCGACCUGGUGUUCCCGUCACCGGAGGAGUCGGAGCACUGCCCGCAGGUCCACGUCAUCCCCGAUCACGAGCUGGAGGACAUGAAGAUGAAAAUCUCGGCCAUCAAGAGCGAGGUGCAGAAGGAGAAAGCCAACAAGGGGCAGAGCCGGGCCAUCGAGCGCCUCAAGAAGAAGAUGUUUGAGAACGAGUUCUGGCUGCUGCUGAACUCUCCCGCCAUUCCGUUCCGCAUCCACAACCGCAACGGCAAGAGCUACCUGUUCCUGUUAUCAUCCGACUAUGAGAGGUCUGAGUGGAGGGAGGCCAUUCAGAAACUGCAGAAAAAGGACAUCCAGGCCUUCGUCCUGAGCUCCGUGGAGCUGCAGGUGCUCACGGGAUCCUGCUUCAAGCUGCGCACUGUCCACAACAUCCCAGUCACCAGUAAUAAGGACGAUGACGAGUCCCCUGGGCUCUAUGGGUUCCUGCACGUCAUUGUCCACUCUGCCAAGGGCUUCAAGCAAUCUGCCAACCUUUACUGUACGUUGGAAGUGGACUCCUUUGGGUACUUCGUCAGCAAAGCCAAGACGAGGGUUUUUCGGGACACAACUGAGCCGCAGUGGAAUGAGGAGUUCGAGAUUGAGCUGGAGGGCUCCCAGUCCCUGCGGAUCCUGUGCUAUGAGAAAUGCUACGACAAGACCAAACUCAACAAGGACAACAAUGAAAUCGUGGACAAGAUCAUGGGCAAGGGACAGAUCCAGCUGGACCCGCAGGCCGUGCAGACCAAGAACUGGCACAUGGAUGUGAUCGAGAUGAACGGGAUCAAGGUGGAAUUCUCCAUGAAGUUCACGAGCCGGGACAUGAGCCUGAAGAGGACCCCGUCCAAAAAGCAGACCGGUGUCUUCGGAGUGAAGAUCAGCGUGGUGACAAAGCGCGAGCGCUCCAAGGUGCCCUACAUCGUGCGCCAGUGCAUCGAGGAGGUGGAGAAGAGGGGCAUCGAGGAGGUCGGCAUCUACAGGAUCUCUGGUGUCGCCACUGACAUCCAGGCUCUCAAGGCGGUCUUUGAUGCGAAUAACAAGGACAUCCUCGUGAUGCUGAGCGACAUGGACAUCAACGCCAUCGCCGGCACGCUCAAGCUGUACUUCCGCGAGCUGCCCGAGCCGCUGCUCACCGACAGGCUCUACCCCGCCUUCAUGGAGGGCAUCGCCCUCUCGGAUCCUGCUGCCAAGGAGAACUGCAUGAUGCACCUUCUCCGCUCGCUGCCUGACCCCAAUCUCAUCACCUUCCUCUUCCUGCUGGAGCACUUGAAAAGGGUAGCUGAAAAGGAGCCCAUCAACAAAAUGUCACUCCACAACUUGGCCACGGUCUUUGGGCCGACAUUGCUGAGACCUUCGGAGGGAGAGAGCAAAGGACACCUCACGCUGGCCUCUGACAUCUGGUCGCACGACGUGAUGGCCCAGGUCCAGGUCCUCCUCUACUACCUGCAGCAUCCUCCCAUCUCCUUCACUGAGCUCAAGCGCAACACACUUUACUUCUCCACGGACGUGUAGCCUGCAGCGGGGAGGCACCAGCUGCCAACACUCCCAGCCUCCCUGGGCCGGGGGACACGCAAGGGUCCACAGCCCCCCAGGGAGAGCUGCCCGCACCCCGCGCGGUGCCGCCUGCAGCUCUGCUACAAUCACGUACCAGUGGCCCGGCCUCAGCCCAGGCGCCGAGCCCCGCUGUAAAGUAGUCGUGUCUUAUGUCCCUUCUUGUGUUCAGGAAUUGUUUCUAUGUAUAUUUGUUCAACGGAAGAGGUAGUGGCUGACAAGGGCUGUGGACACAGGCUUGCCCCUCGGGUCAUUUUCUCCUGGACUCCUUUCUGCCCUCUGGCUCCUGCCCAGUGUCCUCACGUCUCCAAGACUGCAGCAUCCCACGAGUGCCUGUUUCUCUGCCCAGCCCACCUGCAUGUGCAGCACCAGCUCGCUUCGGAGGCCGGCAGCUCAAGGGCUUCCCGGUGACAGUGACGAUCGGCUCCCUUUUGUGGCUUGCUGCCUGCGCAACCGUUGGACCCCGCGCCUGGAGCCCGCUCUGCCCUGAGCGCGGAGCAGGGCGCCGCAUCCUCCUCGCCACGUCUCCUCGGCUGCUUGCAGGCCAGUUCCUCUCUAGCGGUCGCGUGCGCUUUGCCUGUGUGUGUAGCAUGGUGGUUACCUCCCCUCACCGUCCCUCGUGUCCCCGGCUGCGCUCUGGGGUGAGCUGCAGUGCCAAGGCUGGAGCGAGAGGUGCUGUGUGGGGCCUGAGCCACGGCCAACGGGGCCACGUCUGCUCCCUCUAGCCACGGGCUGACCCUGUGUUCUGGCCUAUGGCCAUCGGGGCAUGAAGGUCAAAAAAUUCUCCAAUGAGCCCUAGUGAGGAAGGCAGCGGGGUUUAGGCCUUGUUCUUGCCAAGCAGGAGGAUCUGUCCCUGCCCUUCCCAGGUGUCCCUAUCUCUGCCUUAGCUAUGUGGUUUGCCUCUCUCCAGCCGAGCUCUGCUAGGACCGACUCCUGGCCACGACCUGCUGCAGCCUCUUGCCACAAGCCUGCAGAGUGGCCUGACGUGGCUGCCGGGAAGGGAGCGUUUCCUUGCCCUCCUUGGCCCUUCCUUGCUGCCCGUAGCCGCAGGCAAACAGAAACACCUGGCUUUGCCACGCUGUUAGCUGGGCUGCUGGAGGCUGGAGCUCUUUGUGUUGGACCUGGCCAGCAACCCAGCCUGAGCACCCGCUCAGGAGGCCCAUGGGGAGCGAAAGCCUCUGGAGGCUCCGCUCAGCUGGGCCCUCGGUCCUGGGGGCAGCUUUGGUCCUUGUGCUGUUCCUCCUGCUGGCUCCGGUGUGCCCAGCGGGGUCAGCUCCGUUUGAGCCUCCAGUGCCAGCUGUGGCCCCAGAGGCUGGAGCUGCCAACCGCGUCCCCAGGCAGGCAGCUGGUGGGUGCUGCUCGCCAGGCCCCGCUGCAGCCGCCUGCCCGCCCGGCUCCCGCUCUGUCCCCUCUGCCGCGCUCUCAGGUAGGUGCUGGGACCUGUUGGGACACAAAUCCUUUCGCUCUGUGAGCCGAGUUCUUGUGGGAAAAGCCCCUUCCGCCCUCGCGUUGGCCCUGCGCUCUCCUGUGCCAAAUGGAGAUGGACCAGAAGUGACGGAGCGUUUCCGUGCGCGCAGCGGCGCUGCCUUUACCCAUCUGCUAACAGACUGUUCCAGGCAGAGCCCACCCCCGUUCCAGUGAUGCCCCAGGGAUGUCCCAAGCCCCCUGUCCGGGAAAGGGGGCACCUGCCAGCCCCGCACCAGCAACGCAACCAAAGGAGGGGAGGCCUUUCGGUCCCCCUCUCAAGGGCUCACACUCCAGACCCUGCUCCUCUGAACUACCAGCCAAACAGAAGGGGAACAGCACUGCAGAAGAUCCCCGGGCAUCUUUCUUGGCCCCGGACCUGGUAAGGAGGCUGCUUUUUAGAUCUGACUGUACAAGGGAUCCCUGUGUGUGUCUGACCUGUUACACGUAUCCAAGUCUCUGUCCAUGAUAGUGUCACUCAGACACUCUACAGCCAAUUCCCCCCGCGUGCCAGCGGCUGGAGGUCUGGUCUGCACAGCCCUGGCACAACAGGCUGCGGCUGUCCCUGUGACUGCCUUGGGUUUGUCCCUAUGGAAAGGAAAGGAAAGGAGGGGGGGAUGGAUUUUU